UGAACGCGAAUUCCAUCAUCAACCUCAACCGCCGCAAAAAUUCCCCUCUACCCAGAGAUACUCGGUUUUCGAGAUACCCGACGGAAAGAGCCCAUCAUGAACGUCGAUACCAUCCCCGAUUUCCUCGCCGAGCAGCGAGAUGCUGCCCCCGCAGAUUCACAACAUCUCUAUAUCACGUUCGAAGAUCUGUGGGAGCGAAAGCUAUGGCAUCAGUUGACAGAUGCUUUGGUGGGAUUCUUUCAGGUGGCAGAGAGCGCUUCUCAACGACUUCCAUUCUACAAGACCUUCAUCCUCACUUUCGCAGACAAGAUCAACCAGUUGAAGCUUGUUACCCUUGCACUGAGUGCCGCAUCACAAUGUAGAGGUGAGUAGGGUUAUUCAUAAUGGAAAUUACACUGCUUAUUCUUUUUGUAGACUCGCAAGAGCGGCUAUCCUUCCUAGAAUCGGUAGCAAAGAAAGUCGACAACCCAAACUCACAAGACGCCCAUGUUUACGCAACGGUGGCCGUGGCGACUGUGAAGCUGGAGCUUAAGGAUUUGGAGGGCACCAGAAAGGAUCUCGAUAAAUCAGAAAAGAUUCUAGACAAUUUCGAUUCAGUCGAAACUAUCGUUCAUGCUUCCUUCUACCGUGUAAAUGCAGAGUACUAUCAGGUUCGUGGAUUCCUAAGUGUCAUCGAGAAACUUCCUAACAAAAAUAGUCCAAAUCCGACUUCGCCGCGUACUAUAGAAACGCCCUCCUCUAUUUGGCAUGUAUUGAAUUACAAGGUCUGACUCCCCAAGAGCGAAGAAAUCGGGCAUAUGAUCUCAGCAUAGCAGCUUUGAUUUCGGAUACCAUCUACAACUUCGGAGAGCUACUAUUACAUCCAAUUCUUGAUACCUUAGCAAAAGAUGAUGCCUGGCUCCGGGAUCUUCUCUUUGCAUUCAAUAGAGGUGAUUUGGCUGCAUACGACGUAUUGGCUGGUCACAUUUCUUCAAACCCAUUACUUGCAGAACACCGUGAUGGAUUACGACAAAAGAUCUAUCUUGCAGCUUUGACAGAGACCGUCUUCCGAAGACCACCCCACGACCGUGCCAUGUCAUUCCGUACCAUCGCCGAAGAGACCAAGGUUCGACCAGACGAAAUUGAGCACUUGAUCAUGAAAGCAUUGAGCCUGGGACUUCUUCGAGGAAGUAUCGAUCAAGUUGAUGAGAUUGCUAGAAUUAACUGGGUGCAGCCAAAGGUGCUGGAUAUGAGUCAAAUAAAUGGCAUGCGGACGAGAUUGCAAGAAUGGGAUUCAAGUGUCAAUUCUCUGGGCCACUGGAUCGAGAAAAAAGGACAGGAUGUUUGGGCUGCGUGAUCUGGCAUGGCAUGGCAUGGCGUCUGAUUGACUUGAUAUGGGGCACUGGCAUGUAAAAAUAGAUCCUUACGACCAAUGGGAAAAGCAUUGGCAAGUUGCCCUCUGAUGAUAGCUUGAUUUGAGGGAAAUGCUUCAUAGUAGACGAUGAAUUCAGUAAAUUCUAAAUAA